AUCCAGUUUCGUUGAACACGGGGAUGUCCUUUCCAUAAAAUGCUACUCUUCCUUUUGUUGGUGAGGAUUCUCAUUAGUAAUUUAGUAGGUGAAAAGCCAUAUUUGACGCGCUCAAUGCUUCUAAUAUAUAAGCCAAGUCAUCUUCCCUCUGUUCUCGCUCAUCCAAAUACCAUAACCAACCUUCUCUUUCUCUCUAAACAAAUUCACAAGUUACUCCAUCAUCUCAGGUGAAAAUCAAGUAGAAUAUAUAUAUAUAUAUAUAUAUACUAAAUGGCAACACCAUACCUUCCUCGAGCUUCACAACCACAACCAAGCUACCACUCGUUUUAUCCCGGUGACCAAACAACCUCAAACCCUUCAGCUUAUGAAAUUCAACAAACCCAACAAACUAAUAACUAUAUUACUCGUGUCCGCCGCCUGAUACUGGCGCUAUUUUUAUUGUUUGCGAUGAUCAUUUCCGUUAGCAUGAUCGCCUGGCUAAUGCUUCAGCCCCGGGUCCCCAUUUUCCGAGUCGACUCGCUCUCUGUGUCGAACUUCACCCUCAACGACUCACAACUCACCGCCGAUUUCGGAAUCAAAUUCACGGUGAGAAACCCAAACAAAAGGAUAGAUUUGACGCUGGACGAUUUCAAGAUCUCCGUUUCGCACGACAGGAACAAACUAGCCGAGAAGACUUGGAAUCAUUAUGUGAGCAUGAAGAAGAUGAGUCAAAACGGGAUGAGUAUCGAGUUAGGAACAAACUCGAGUGAUAAUUGUCCGAUAAAGCGAAAGACGGCCAUUGGCAUGUCUAGGGAGUUUUGGAGCAAAAGGGCGGUGAAUUUGAAAGUGAAAAUGAUGGUUUGGGCUAAAUUCGAGGCCGGCGACUGGCUGAGCAAGCAAAAGUUCGUGGAAGUUUGCUGUAACAAUUUGGAAGUCGGGUUCUUCACAUCUAAUGUGACAGGAACCCUCAUAGAUGGAAGCAAUGAUUGCUUUGCUCGUCUGUCGUGAUCCAGUAUCUCAAAUUUUUUUUUUUUUUUUUUUUUUUUUUUUUUUUUUUUAAAUGGUUUUCAUAUAGUUUGAGUUUGAGUUUGAGUUACAGGAAUGUUGCUUUAAUGUAGGAUCAUUAAUCCAUAAAAUAUCAUAGGAUUCUGGUAAACUCCAACUGAAUACCGGAAAAGAUUUGUUAAGUCGAGUUGGAUUUUUAAUUAUUUAAUUAAUUAUUAUUUGAAGGGAAUGUCAUUUGUAGGCCCAAUGAAUGUGUUUUUUUUUUUUUUUGGGUAAAUAAUGGUUCUUUAUAAUUGCUUAUAAAGUUCCCCGCAAUUUUGAACAUUUUAAUUCAAAUAUAGUGGAAGACUUAAAUGUCCUUGGGAUUUGUGAGUUGC